CUGCUCAGUGAAGUAGAGAUUGAUUUACAAAAAUCAUCUUUGAAGGAAAAAAAAUGUCUAGUUUUGUUGGUGUUGUUGUUUCUGAUCAAUGGCUACAGAGUCAAUUCACUCAAGUCGAGCUGCGUGGCCUCAAUUCCAACUUCCUAUCUGCAAGGAAUCAAUCCGGGAAGGUCACUUUGGGAGAUCUACCGCCUGUGUUGUGCAAACUUAAGGCCUUCCAAGGUAUACUAAAUGAGGAUGAUAUAAAGGCAAUAUUGAGCGAAUCAUCGUCUGACAUGAGUGAAGAAAUUGAUUUUGAAUCGUUCCUUCGGGCAUAUCUAAAUCUACAAGCACGAGCUACAGCGAAAGGUGAUUCAAAGACCAGCUCCUCUUUCCUCAAGGCAACUACAACCACACUCCGACACACCAUUAGUGAAUCUGAAAGGGGCUCAUAUGUAGCUCACAUCAACAGCUUUCUCAGAGACGAUCCAUUUUUGAAGGAUUUCCUUCCGAUAGAUCCAUCUACCAAUCAACUCUUUGAUCUUGCCAAAGAUGGUGUUCUUCUUUGUAAGCUCAUAAAUAUUGCUGUCUCCGGAACAAUAGAUGAACGUGCUAUCAAUACCAAAAAGGUUCUUAAUCCAUGGGAAAGGUAUGAGAACCACACCCUUUGCCUCAAUUCCGCGAAGGCCAUUGGUUGUACUGUGGUCAAUAUUGGCACACAGGAUUUAAUCGAAGCAAGACCUCAUCUGGUUGUCGGGCUGAUUUCUCAAAUUAUCAAGAUACAACUAUUAUCUGAUCUCAAUCUGAGAAAAACUCCACAACUUGUGGAAUUGGUGGAAGAUAGUCAGGAAGUAGAGGAGCUUAUGAGCUUAUCUCCAGAAAAGAUUUUACUGAAAUGGAUGAAUUUUCAUCUUAAAAAAGCAGGCUACAAAAAAGAGGUUACAAAUUUCUCAAGUGACUUGAAGGACGGAGAAGCUUAUGCUCAUUUGCUCAAUACUCUCGCGCCUGAACAUGGUACGACUAACACAUUAGAUACAGAAGAUCCAACUGAAAGAGCAAACUUGAUUCUUGAGCAAGCAGAAAAACUAGAUUGCAAAAGAUAUGUAACUCCAAAGGACAUUAUUGAAGGCUCAGCAAACUUAAAUCUUGCAUUCGUUGCACAAAUAUUUCAAAACAGGAAUGGAUUGACAGCAGAUACCACAAAAUUGUCUUUUGCUGUGAUGAUGGAGGAUGAUGCUCAAACUUCUCGAGAAGAAAGAUGCUUUCGGUUGUGGAUCAACAGUCUUGGAACUGAUACUUAUGUGAAUAAUUUAUUUGAGGACGUGAGAACCGGGUGGGUUCUUUUAGAGGUACUAGACAAAAUUUCACAAGGAUUAGUUAAUUGGAAACAAGCAACAAAGCCUCCAAUUAAGAUGCCAUUUCGAAAAGUUGAGAAUUGCAACCAAGUCAUAAGCAUUGGGAAAGAACUGAAUUUCUCCCUUGUAAAUGUAGCUGGAAGUGAUAUCGUACAAGGAAACAAGAAGCUCAUACUAGCUUUUUUGUGGCAGUUAAUGAGGUUUUCAAUGCUCCAACUGUUGAUAAACUUGAAAUUUCAUGCCCUUGGAAAGGAGAUAACAGAUGCUGACAUACUAAAUUGGGCAAACAGUAAAGUGAAGAGUGCAGGGAGAAAAUCUCAAAUUGAAAGCUUUAAGGACAAAAAUAUAUCGAGUGGGAAAUUCUUUCUCGAGCUUCUAAGCGCUGUGGAACCAAGGGUUGUCAAUUGGAGCCUUGUGACCAGGGGUAAAACUGAUGAGGAUAAGAAGCUUAAUGCAACUUAUACAAUCAGUGUAGCACGUAAACUCGGGUGCUCCAUCUUUUUAUUGCCAGAGGAUAUAAUAGAGGUGAACCAGAAGAUGAUGCUGACACUCACAGCUAGCAUCAUGUACUGGAGCUUGCAAACAAAGACUGAAGAUUCAGAGUCCAACACUGCAGAAAACGCCGGUUUGGAUGCAUCUCCAGCAGCAGCCUCUGAUGGUGACAUUGCUUCCACAACUUCUGAAGUGGAAAAGGGGGUGCAAGAAGAAAGAUAGAAUUUG